UAAAUAGAAGUGCACUCAGAGAAGGCAUAGAAUGACAAACCCAUGAAUUGUUAGGGCAUGUUGAGUUGGUUCUGUCAAUGCCUGCAGUCAGAUGAUUUCACUGGCUGUACAAGAUGAAAUCUCAUAUUUCAAUGUUUAAGUAAAAGUGUCAAAGUUCAGCUGGAGCAGGGACGAAUACAGAACAAAUUUUGUGUGUAUUUGUAACUAGGGCACCAGAGCAAUAGAGGAAGCCAAAAUGAGCCGGAAAAACAAAAGGAGUUUAAAGGAGAAAUUUUCCUUGAAGAACAGCCUGGUUAAAGAAGCCCUCUCAGAGUUCCUGGGAACUUUUAUACUGAUAGCCCUGGGCUGUGGCUGCGUGGGCCAGGCCGUGCUGAGCCGCGGGGCGCACGGCGGGCCCAUGACGGUGUCGGUGGGCUUUGCCAUGGCAGUCACCAUCGCGGUCUACGUGUCCGGGGGCGUUUCUGGUGGUCACAUAAACCCAGCUGUUUCAUUAGCCAUGUGCGUGACUGGAAGAUUAAAAUGGACCAAAUUACCAAUUUACAUAUUAGCACAAUUCCUGGGAGCAUUCGUUGGAGCAGCGGCUGUCUUUGGGAUUUAUUACAAUGCCUUUAUGGAGUACAGUGAUGGAAAACUUGAAGUCACAGGACCAAAUGCAACAGCACAAAUCUUUGCAACAUAUCCAGCUCCCUAUCUGACCCUCGUAAAUGGAUUUGCAGAUCAGGUGAUGUCAACAGCUGUUCUUCUUCUGGCUAUAUUUGCUAUUUUUGACACCAAAAAUAACAGCGUACCCAAGGGCCUGGAGCCGAUUGCAGUAGGACUUCUUAUAAUUGUUCUUACUUGCUCCUUGGGAAUGAACAGUGGCUGUGCCAUGAACCCAGCCAGGGAUCUUGGCCCAAGGCUCUUCACAGCCAUUGCAGGAUGGGGGAUGGAAGUAUUCACGGCUGGUAAUAAUUGGUGGUGGGUUCCUAUAGUUGCACCUCUGCUGGGAGGUGUACUUGGAGCAAUGAUCUAUGUCAUUUUUAUUGAAAUUCAUCACUCGGAUCCUCAGCCAGGAGAAGAAAAUGAUGUGCAUGCUAAAUAUGAAUUGAGCAAUAUGGCAUAAGAAGUGAAGAAUUUUCUCUGUCAUUGUGUUGUGCAGUUUUUAUGCAAAUGGUUGUUUGGACCACUCUAUGAAACCCAUAUGUCUUGACUAGAAACUCACCUUUCAAAGCAGCAAUUCUGUAUAGA